CUGAAACUUAAUGGAUCUGCGUGUUGGUUGAUUCGGGUUGAUUGUGACAUUUCUCCUCCAGAAAACACAGCAAAUACUUUUGCGAGUCAGGCCAGGUGGAAGGAAUAAGGAUGUGGAACGACGUUGAACUGCUGACCAAUGAGGACACCAAUACUAUCCGGCUUUAUAAUGACAAUAUAUCAAGAGACGAGAGUUGCAGUGGUUUAUACCAAGUGGAUACAUUAGUGAAAAUCUCUACCCCCGAGAAGGUGCUCUCCGUUCCCCAGCUUUUCUCUUCCAGUGAUGCAAACUGCAGUGUUGUCGUCGCAGAUAAAACAGUCAUACUUUUUGACCAGAGUUAUCAAACCAAAUUGCUUCAUCUUUGCUUUGAUAGUAACUUAGAUGCCGUGGAAGUGUGUCUUAACGGACAAUUUUUGGUGGUCUGUGAGAGAAACGGAAAACUGCAUCUCAUCUACGUGCCCCAAAAAAGGACUCUUUUCACCAGGGCUGUGGUGGACACAACUCUGUCUGGAGAUGGGAAAACAUAUCAGCGUCUUAUCCUGCAAGAGGAUAAGACAUCUUUAGGAAUGGUCCACUUGUUCCUCCUCACUAAAGAUGGGUUUUUCCACAUGACUAACCUGGCUCUUGAGAAAAUUCAAACAGCUCUGGAGAAAAGGGACAUGGGGGCUUUGAAAGAGCUCCAGUCUCGCAUCAAGACAGACUUCUGCAGCACCACACAGUUUCACGGAGACGCCUGCAGCACUGCAGUCGUGUGCAGCCUUAGUAAUGGAAUCGACCUGAUGAUCGGGGCGCAUGGGGACUGUGACAGUGUUCUAACCCACUGGAGAAUGGACCCUCAGCAGCCCAGUAUGUCCCUCUGUCAGUCACUAGACUCCAGUUUGAUACCAGGGAUAAGGAAGAUGCUGGUGGUCGACAGUCUCCUCUAUGUUCUAGACGUUGAGAGCGUCCUGAGCCUCUGGGAUGUGCAGCACCUCGUCAUGGUGUGCUGCUGGCCUGCCGUGUCCAUCCAGGACUUCCUGCUCAUCACAGAGUGUGACUCCGCCUCCAAAGCUGUCCAAGAAAAUGGCAGCAUGAAAAUCAUUACCUUGACUGUACAGAAGGAGAAUAAGAUGAGAAGCCUCCAGGUGUGCUCCCUGCCCUCCAUGAACGUCCUCUACUCUCUGGAGGUGUCCUCCACGUCCUGCCUCGUCCAGUCCAGGAUGAGCAUGGACACGAUAUACUUGCUGGAGGGUGUUUAUGAGCAUCUGCAUGGCCAGGAAGAGGAGCCUGAGAAGCUGUCUGCUGUUGUGGUCAGGUGUUUAACUGAGGCUUUACCAGAGAACAGACUCAGCCGACUUUUACACAAACACAAAUUUGAAGAGGCAGAGAAAUUCGCCAUAACAUUUGAACUAGAUGUUGAGCUGGUGUACAAGGUGAAGCUGGACUUUGUGCUGGAGCAGCUGGCCUCAGCCUCGGUCGGAGGCUACGGGCAGGAGGUGUGGGCAGAGCAGGUUGAGGAAGCCAAGACCAACCUGACCAAGAUCCAGGACGAGCAGUAUGUGGUGGAGUACUGCCUCAAGGCUCCCUGGCCGACCUUUGACACGGCGGAGAAGAUGCACCACGCCGCCUCGCGCUACCCCUCCUCCCACAUCCAGGAGGCGCUGGCUCGGCUGGCCACCUUCUGCUGCCUGCACAGCCCGGACACCUUCAAUGGCAUCGCCUGGAUUGAGUUUCUGAACAGCGGGGACUGUAUGGGGGAGGUCCUCUCCCUCCUCCGGGACGGGGAACUGAGGAGCGCCCAGCACCUGUGGCUCCGUCACGAGGGGGAGAUAGCGGGACACUUUGACGAGGGCAGCCUUGAGUCCCUGCUGAGUGUGUUCCCAGAGGAGCUCCCCUCGCAGGACAUCUGUCUCUGGCUCAGGAGUGUCAUAGUCCCCUUUGUUAGGAGGGUCCUCCCCAGGGGACAGAAAAUUCUAGCCAGAUGGUGUGAGCAGAAAGCAAGGAAUCUGGAAUUGACUGAGAAGGGCGACUGGCCCCAGAACGGCCUAGACCUGGCCCAAAUCGGACUGCCUUCCUUGUGGAUGUGGAUGCCCUCCGAGGAUGAGUAUGGAGCGGAGGAAGUGGAGCACCUGAAGGCUCUGGUCUCCAGCCUCUGUCGGCUGCUUGACCUCCACAAGAAGUACAACUGCCGGCUGUCUCUGUCUGUCUUCGAGAAGGGGAGUGUCCGCAGUGUGGCAUGCUUCAUGCUGGACAAGGUUCCUGCCCCGGCCCUCAUCCCCUGUGCUGUAGAGAGCAGCGUGAGGCCCUACGCCCUGCAGAACCAGCUGGGCCUGGAUGAGCUGCUGCUGCACUACAUCAAGGACCUUUUGGAGCGCUGCAGCUCUCAGACCACCACGCUGUUCACUGAGUGGGAGGCCAAGGCUGUGGCCGUGCAGGGCUGCAUGACGGACACAGACCUGGUGGUGGAGGCCGUGCUGGAGAUCAUGCAGAAGGCCGUGGUUCCCUGGAGCGCUGUGGUGGAGGAGCUGGUCCAGCAGUACCUGGAGAUGGAGGGACCCAAGCAGGAGCUGCUGAAGGAGAGCUUCCGUCUGAUGGAGAUCAGGAAGCUGCUCCGAGGGUACGGGAUACGCAACUCCAACCUCUCCAGCAGCACCCAGAUCAUGACUCUGGUGAGGUACAUCCUGAAGCAGGAUGUUCCAUCCUCGUUGGAAGACUCCUUGAGGCUAGCAGAAGCCUACAAGCUGCCCACCUCCCAGAUCAACACCUUGUAUCUCAUCCAGCUGAUGGACCAGGGCAAGACCGAGGCGUGCGUCACGCUGCUGAAGAGGCUGCCGUCCUGCGAGGCGGAGUGUGUGAUUGGACGGCUGACGACCUGGGCCAGGCUGCACCUGCAGGACAAAGACCACCUCUGUGACGAGCACAAGCAGCAGCAGAUGGUCACGGCCCAGGUGAUGGUGGAGGCUCUCAGGUUCCUGCAGAGGAUCCAGAAAGAUGACGCUCUGAAGAGGAUGGAGUGUGAGAACAACCUCAUGAUGUUCCAGGCUAUCGCUCACCUCCAGGAGGAUUUCGACAUCUUCCUCACCCCCAGCGACUACGACGACCCCAAAGUGCGCUCCCAGUUCCAGGAGCACCACAUCACCGCUUACGAGAACACCCGCGCCAGGAAACAGUCGUCCGUCUCCGCCGGCGGCGGCAACGAGGUCCCGGCCACGCCCCCGGUGGCCAACGACCCCGACGGCAAGACCAAGAGCAUCUCCACGGAGGCGGGGCUGCGGCGCCUGUCCCGCCAGCUGCAGCGCACUGAGCAGGAGCUGUGGGCCGACCUGGCCCUGCGUGCCGUGGGGGUGGGCAGGGUGGACAAGGCCCUGAAGAUCCUCAGCGACCUGUACGAGCACCACUGCAACCCCAGCACAGGGAGGGUGCUCUUCAGCGCCGCCCAGAGGCUGUGCCAGAUGCUGGAGGCCGACGUGCCCAUGGUGCUGCCUGAGGGCACGGACCUCCCAGUCCUCAUCCACCACCUGGCCUGCCAGGCCAUCACCUUCUGCCACUCAGAUCUGCUCCUGGACUGCGUGGAGCUGUGCAAGAGCACGAGGGCAGCCUUGGACGUGUACGAGCAGUGCCAGCUCUCUGACGACUACGGCUUCAUAGCAAAGGACUCCCUGAGGGCGGAGAGAGACCCGUAUUCUCAGUGGAGCUUCCAGGACAUCUUCAGCGAGGACUCCAUCGUCCUGGAUCCCGUGUCCGUCCUCCCAGUCCAGUACGAGAUCACCAACUGUCUCCUGCCUUUCUCUCCAGACACCAGGCUUUAUCCUCUGGACAGCUGCUGUCUGUCUCACAGCUCGUUCGUCAAAGGGUCUAACUUCCUGCAGCCUCUCCUGGUCCCCCUGUCCUCCAUGCUGCAGAUGCUCCAGGAGUGUAGCCAGCUGGAACUGGCCCUGCGCCUGCUGGUCAACUCCUACGGCAGCUGUCUCCAGCACGUCACCUCCAACCUCAUGGACUUAAAGCUCGGCAUGCAGCUUAACGACCCUCAGAGCCUGAUAAAGUAUAAGGCAUGUCUGGACGGUUUGACAAAAACAACGAUGUCCUCGCUCAACUCUGUUGCUGUGGCUCUCCUGCACAAGGUGCUCAACUGGAGGGUGGUGGAUGGGGACCUGGCCAUCGGGCUCUGCACUCUCCUGUCCAAAGCUCAAGUCAUCAAGAUACUGUGGAAGGUGAUCGACGACGCCUGGCAGAACUACGACAAGAUCUUGGCAGUGGCCAUGGUGGGAGCUCACCUCAGCAGCCUGUACAGAGAGGAGGAGCAGCAGGCCAGCUUCCUGUCUGUCAUCACUGACGCUGAGUGGGGGAUCAAGCUGGGCAAACUGGGGAUCUCCAUCCAGCCCGUGUUCCGUCAGGGUCCAGAGAUGAAGAGCAAUCUCAUCCCAGCGCUGGUGAAGAACCACAGCAUCACCCCUGACAUCAUCCUCCACUACUGCAGCACCUUCGGUCUGGACCGGGACGGAGUGAUCAACCAGUACAUCACCACCCUGCUGCUCCAGGAGGAGGAGGGGGCGGGUGAUGCUGCGCCAGCCCACGGAGAGAAUCCGGCCCUGGGCCAGGCCGACGCCCUGGAGAGGGCUCUGGAGGUCAUCCCCAUGCUGCGCAGCACCAGCGACCUGGUCAUCAGCCUCAGCGCUGCCAUGCUGAAGCUGAGUCCCUACAGCUAUGAGAGGAUUGAGGCUGUGCUCCAGAUCAUCCAGACGGCAGAUGAGAAGAUCACCAGCAUCUCCAUCAAUCAGUCCCUGGCGCUCCUCCAGCACCUGAAGUCGUACAGGCGCAUCUCUCCCCCCACGGACACGGAGAGUUCCUACCUGCUGGAGAACGGACUGGAGCCCAGCCCGCUGGCCCAGACACGGCUGCCCUUCCACCUGCUCAGCCAGUCCAGCAGCCACUACUGGAAGAUCAUCAGUCCUGAGCUCAGCGCGGAGACCUUUCCCACCCUGCUCCUUAUCAGCAAGCUGAUGAAGGUGAGACUGGACAAGCUGUACAUGUUAGCAGCCAACCACGUGUUUGAGAAGACCAUGAAGCCCCUGGUGCUGGGGCAGGGCAGGAGGGGGCCCAGGGCCACCCCUAGGAAGGAGGCCCUGAAGGUGGCCAACACCAUCAAGCAGUACAUCUGCUGCAUCCAGAACCCUGAGUGGGCGGCGGCCACAGCUCACAAGAUCGCCCAGGAGCUGCCCUCCGGCGUUGAGAAGACCGAGGCGUUGAAAUUCUGCCUGGCCCUGUGUGACGCGUGGCUGAAAGGCCCAAACCUGGAGGACUCUGCCCGGGGCCGGGCGGGGACCUUCCAGUCUAAGCUCAGGCUGCAGUUCCAGCGUUCGGCCACUGAGAACGCCCUGGCGUCGGGCCAGCUGAGCAGCCCUGAACAUUACAAGCUGCUGGGUGUUCCAGCCAGGCUCAUCGCCGCGCUGUACGAGCACGCCAGCGUGGAGGAGCGCUUCAGGGACACGGCGGGACAGAGCUACCCCGACAUUCACGUUGUGUGCAAAGAAAUAGCGUCCAUCAAUUGCGUGGAUCUUCUGAAGAUCCGGAACAUGCUGCUGGAGAAGUGGAUCUGCCAAACGGGCCCUGCUGCCACCAAGGAGGUCAACCUUCAGGAUUGUGUCAGUGAUAUUCUGGAAGAUGUGGACCUCAUGAGGGUGGUGUACCUGCUGCAGAUCUUCCCCACCGACACGGCAGUCUGUCUCCUCUCCCCCAUCCUCUCCGCUGAGACCUGGCCCCUCAGCAGCUCCGGGCCCCGCCUGACGUUCUGUCACCGCAGCAGAGCCCUGCUGUGUCUCCUCCACCUGGCCCCUCCCGCUCCCCUGGAGGCCCGGCUGCACAUCCCCCAAGCCCAGCUCAGGUACUACCUCAAGUGUUACAUCUACCUGUCCCAGCUGGAGACCCUGAACAUCCCCUACACUGUCAAGUCCUUCCUCAGCAGCCCCAAGGAGGGCAUGGUCAAGGGCCUGUGGAACAACCACAGCCACGAACCACAGGCUGUGCGGCUGGUGGCAGAUCUGAGUCUGGAGUACCAGGUGUAUGACCCCCAGCUGUGGAAUGGAGUGCUGCAGAAGCUGCUGGGCUUCAACAUGAUAAGCCACCUCCAGAAGGUGCUGGAGGCUCUGGGGGCAGUCCCGUCGCUCUGGCAGGUGUCCAGCUUCUCCAGGACGUGGAGGAGCAUGAUUCUGGCUCCCUUCGUCUCAGCCUCCCUCCCCCUCAGCCCUGAGCAGCAGGGCACCAUGUACCGGACCUUCCUGCUCCUCCUGAAGUGCCCAUUCCUGUUAAGCCUAGACCUCAUAGGCAUCGCUAAUCGCUUCGCCCAGUUCAGCCUGCCAGCCUUCGCUCUGGGAGCCCUCCUGCUCAUCCCCUGUGCCAAGAGAAAGGAGCUUCAGAUCCAGGUCCUGCUGUCAGCCUGUGACCCCAUCACCCUCCUGGAGCAGGUGGAUGAUCUCAUGACCACAGGGGAGCUGGCUGGAGUUCCUUCCAUGAUAAGAGAGACGGUGUUGACUUUCCUCUACCAGCACGGUCAGUUCCAGGAGGUGUGGAAGACCAAGCAUUUCAGUCGUCUGAAGCAGCUCCUGGUCGCUAGCGGACUCCUGCCCCAGGUGAAGAGUUUGCUGGAUUACCUGCUCAGCCAGAACUGUCAAGAGGGAGCGAAUUGCCUCGCUCGCGAGUACCUCAAGUUCUGGGAGAGGAAAGCUGGGAAACUGGGGGCUGUCAAGGGCUCGGAGGCCGGGGCCCUAAAGGAGUUGCUCAACAUGGAGAACGAGGGUUUGGCAUGAAGAAUCCAGAGACCAGUCUGAUAUUUAUAUUUACACUUCCAUUAUCUAUCAUACUGUUAAUACACACAAAUAAAUAUGUUUGCAUGUUAUUAAAACAUUUAUUUCUUUUUAAUUGUGAAUUUGUUCCAUUUUAAGUAUGAAAUAGGGCUAAAUAAAUGGUGAAUGAGUUGGGA